AAAGUGAUGAUAUAUUGUGUCUACUUUUACACUUGUUUAUAAAAAUUGAUUAAAAAAAAUUAACUACGAACGCGUAAAGUAUCUUGUUACUAGACGACUUGAUAGUCUGACCUAAAAUAAUUCGCUUUUUAAAUUUAAAUUAAUUACAAUUUAUUAAACUUUUUUAGUAACGGAUACUAGAAGAUACACAGUUAAAAGUUAUUGAUGUGUAUUAAAUUUAACGGCAGUUGCAAGAGAAAAUAUCGACUGCUGUAACUGGUAGAAGCAUACAAUGAGUAAACGAAAAAAAUUUCUAUAGACCAUAGAGAAACCGAAGUACUAAGGAACCAACAAAUCUAAAUCAUUUCACGAAAAUCAAUUUCAUAAAAGCAACCAAAGAACAUGGUACUUAAUCUUCUUUUCAUAACUACUGUGAUAAAAUCCACAUUUGGUGUGGUAACAACAGGACUUUGGCUUAUACCAUUAAUGUUAGCAGCAAUUACAUAUUAUAAAUAUGAUGCCGUAGAUCCCGAAUCUAGGCCCAUCGAUCAACAACAAUUUUAUCCUGAAUAUGAUUUUAUAAUAAUAGGUGGUGGGUCAGCCGGUGCAGUAGUGGCAAAUCGCUUAACCGAAAUUAGAAAAUGGAAAGUGUUAUUAAUUGAAGCAGGACCUGAUGAGAAUGAAAUUUCUGAUGUGCCAUCAUUAGCAGCUUACUUGCAAUUAAGUAAACUGGAUUGGCAAUAUAAAACUGAACCAUCAAAUAAAGCAUGUUUGGGUAUGGUAAAUAAUCGUUGCAAUUGGCCACGUGGUAAAGUGCUAGGCGGAUCAAGUGUACUAAACUAUAUGUUGUAUGUACGUGGCAAUAGAUAUGAUUAUGAUCAUUGGGAGUCUUUAGGUAAUCCAGGUUGGGGUUAUGAUAAUGUUUUGCAUUACUUCAAAAAGUCUGAAGACAAUCGUAAUCCUUAUUUAGCAAAAAAUCAAUAUCAUGGACGUGGCGGUUUACUCACAGUACAAGAAUCACCAUGGCACUCACCAUUAGUAGCCGCUUUUGUAGAAGCAGGUACUGAAAUUGGUUAUGAGAAUCGUGAUAUUAAUGGAGAAAAACAGGCUGGUUUUAUGAUAGCGCAAGGUACCAUUAGACGUGGUUCUAGAUGUAGCACAGCUAAGGCUUUUUUACGUCCAAUUAGAUUGCGUAAAAAUUUUCAUUUAUCAAUGAAUUCUCAUGUUACUAAAAUUCAUAUAGAACCAGAUACAAUGCGCGCCAAAUCGGUGGAGUUUGUUAAAAAUGGCAAAGUAAUACGCAUAAAAGCACGCCGAGAGAUAAUACUAUCAGCUGGUGCUAUUAACACGCCACAAAUUAUGAUGCUUUCCGGUAUUGGACCGAAACAACACUUAGAAAAACAUGGCAUACGAGUUAUGCAAGACUUGCCAGUUGGCGAAAAUAUGCAAGAUCAUGUUGGCAUGGGUGGCAUGUCUUUUCUAGUCGAUAAACCUGUGGCUAUAGUACAAGAUCGUUUCAAUCCUACUGCAAUCACAUUUCAAUAUGUCCUACGCGAACGUGGGCCUAUGACGACUUUAGGUGGUGUUGAAGGCUUAGCAUUUGUGCACACACCAUAUUCAAAUAGUAGUAUAGAUUGGCCUGAUAUACAAUUCCAUAUGGCACCAGCGUCGAUAAAUUCCGAUAACGGUGCACGUGUGAAGAAGGUACUCGGCUUAAAAGAAUCGGUAUUUCAAGAAGUAUAUAAACCUAUUGCAAAUAAAGAUACUUGGACUAUUAUGCCUUUACUUCUAAGACCACGUUCACGUGGCUGGGUGCGUUUACGCUCCGCAAACCCAUUUCAUUAUCCAAUAAUUAAUGCAAAUUAUUUUGAUGAUCCAAUCGAUGCAAAAGUACUUGUUGAAGGUGCAAAAAUUGCGCUAAGAGUUGCAGCUGCAAAAGUUUUUAAACAAUUUGGAUCACGUGUUCAUCGUAAACCGCUACCAAAUUGUAAAAAGCACAAAUUCUUAUCGGAUGCUUAUUUAGAAUGUCAGGUACGCACGAUAUCAAUGACAAUAUAUCAUCCUUGCGGUACAACAAAAAUGGGACCUGCUUGGGAUCCUGAAGCCGUUGUCGAUCCAAGAUUACGCGUGUAUGGCAUACGUGGUUUGCGUGUAAUUGAUGCUAGUAUAAUGCCAACUAUUAGUAGUGGUAAUACGAAUGCGCCUGUUAUUAUGAUAGCUGAAAAGGGAGCCGAUUUAAUUAAAGAAGAUUGGCUUAAAAAUCCAGAAUAUCAAGUUAAAAAUACAAGUUAGCAGUAUA